UGAUGAGAUUUGAAAUAUUCUAUGACAUAACCUAAUUUGAUAAUGUACACUAUAUAUACAAAAAAAUUUAGCCAAAAUUUAUAACUUGUGACUUCAACCCAUUGGGAUUCCAAAAUGAUCGGAGAACGAGUACAAAUUCGUUUAGUUUCUAAACAAGAAGCUUUCGCUCCACCUGAUGUUCUUCAUACUGUUCCCUUGGAUGUUGAUGAAAAAGCUCUCAAUGAAAUAGUUAAUCAACUACUCAAAGAAUAUAAUGCAGAUUAUGUUAAAGAGCUAGAAUAUGAUUUUAUUAUAGCUGAUGAAUUAUUACGAACUAAUUUGGAAAUACAUUUAAAAGAAAAAGAUGUCUCCACAGAAUCUAUUAUUGAUGUUGAAUAUAUACAAAGAACGCCUGCUCCUGAGCCUGAGGAUUCUAUUUUACAUGACGACUGGAUUUCUGGAAUUCACACAUGUGCUGGAAAAUGGAUAUUAACGGGUUGCUAUGAUAAGGGAGUAUAUUUAUGGACGUCACAUGGAAAACCUAUUGUAUCCCUAAAAAAUCAUUCCAAUUCUGUUAAAGAUGUUAAAUGGAUCAGUACAGAAAACCCACAAAAAGGGUUCGUAAGUGUGUCAGACGAUGAAACAGGAAUUUUAUGGCAAUGGGAGGAAGGCACAACAAAUGCUAAACCUACAUUCAUUUUGAAAGGUCAUUCUAAUGGAAUAGAGACUGUUAACAUAAGCCCAAAUACUCAAAGGUUAGCAACAGGUGGAUGGGACCAAACUCUAAAAAUAUGGUCAGCAAGUCUAGAAAUAGAUGAGGAAGAGCCUGCCUCUAAAAGACAAAAGGGUAAUCUAAAUGUGAGAACACCUAUAGUCACUCUAGAAGGACACAAGGGUGCAAUUUCUUCUAUCAAUUGGGAAGAUGAUUAUAGUAUUAUCACUACAUCAAUGGAUCAUACUAUUAAAGUCUGGGAUGCAGAGUUGAAUGGUAUUAAAAAUGAAAUAGUAGGCAACAAAGCCUUUUUAUCUUCAAGCUGGUCACAAAUAGCAAACACGCUGCUCACAAGUUCUUGUGACAAAUUAAUAAGGCUAUACGAUCUUAGAUCAAAAGAAGGAGCACUUUGCAAGUGCUCAUUCAAGGCUCAUUCUGGAUGGGUAAAAUCGUUGGACUGGAGCCCUUACAGUGAAUAUUUGUUUGUGUCAGGAGGUUAUGAUGCGAAAGUGAAGAUGUGGGAUACUAGGAGUCCUAAAGCAUCACUAUAUGAUUUAGAAGGUCACGAGGGUGAUGUCCACAAGGUGGACUGGUCAGGUAGGCAGUACCUGAUUUCAGGAGGUGCUGAUAAUUAUGUUCACAUCUUUAAAAAUGAUUUAUUAAUAUAAAUAUAUAAAAAAAUAAUU